UAACCUUCCUCCACACACCGACAGGACUCCUCCGGCAAGAUAUCACCGCUGCCACAUUCCUCCGCUCAGGACAGAAACCCACACACUUUUUGGAUACUUUUUUUUGGAUUUUAAUGCCUGAGUUAAUAAUUCAUCUAGCACUACUCUCGGGUAGUUUGCAUAUAUUUUCCUUUGGUGACGAGUGGCUGCGGUGCGGGGCUGAACAUAUCCGCAAGCUGUGUUUAGGUGCUCUCUCCCAGCCCCUCUCUGGAUGCAUCAGACUCCUCUGCCCCGGGGCCCUGGACCCGGUGUGUGACCCCGCCACCCUCACCCCAUUCACCCCCUCUUUCCUCUCCUUCUGCCCCAAACUCCCUUCCACUUUUCCACCCCGACACUCCUGUUCUGGGCCCCCUGCCUCUCGGCCAGCAGGCGGAGGCAGGGGGCCAUGGCGCCAUGGUAACCUUCGGCGGACGCAACCCCCUCGCCAUGAGCAGCGUGCCCCCUUCGGAGGGGAGGGUUCAGGGGUCCAACUUCACCCCACAUCACUUCAAGCCCUUCAGUUCGCACGCACACUACCAACAGGUGAUGCGUGCACUGCAUAAGCUCCAGGAGAGUGGGUUUUACUGGGGGGCUGUGGGAGGCCGGGAGGCCAGCUCCCUGCUGCGCUCUGAACCACCCGGCACUUUCCUGGUCCGAGACUCCUCAGACCACCACCACUUCUUCACCCUGUCUGUCCAGACGGCUCGAGGUACCAAGAACCUGCGAAUUCACAGCGAGGGAGGCGGCUUCUUCUUACAGCCAGACCCUCAAAACACCCAAGAGCCCCCGCAGUUUGAUUGUGUGCUGAAACUCAUAGCGCACUACAUGGGGAAAGGGCCAGAUGCUGGAAGGAGCAGAGAAGGGGCAUGUGGGGGCAAUUCGGGAGAGGCAGAAAUGAAAGGGCGCAACGUUUAUUUGAUACACACCGGCGGAGAGAGGGUCCCCCUGGAGCUGCGACGACCCCUCUCAACUUCUCUCUCGUCCUUGCAGCACAUGUGCAGGAGGACCUUGAACAACCAAGGCUUGAGGGGGUCGCAGCGAGCAGAGCAGCUCCCGCACACACUUAGAGACUUCAUGGAGGAGUACGAUGCUCCUAUAUGACUGACAGGAACUCCACAGGUCCCACUACAUGGACCGGCUGCCUGGAGGACGGCACAGACCAGGUCUCGGCUGCAUACGUGAACAUGUGCGCCUUUAGAGAUAAAGUCAGUUUUUCGUGGUGGCCAGAAUCAGCUGAUCCCAGAUCUGCUUCAACACUGACGGACACCACGGACCUGGGGUGUGGGACGAGGAGUGCGAUUUGGGUUACAAACAAUUACCUCGUCUGUCCUGCCUUGCAAAAACUGACCACUGAUGUGAGUGGCAGAUGAAGCCAGAGGUCAAAGGUCAGUGUUUCUUAUGACUGACCCAGACGCAGAGCAGAGCCUCGUAGAAGAUUAACCUGAUUGUUCAAUAUGAACGAUGACAGUGACGGCACGAUCAGUAGACCACCAGUGAUCCCUGUGGGUUUGAUUUGCUUAGGAAAAAUCUCUCCUCUUCUCUUCUCCUCUGUCAGCCUGACAUUUACAACACUUUGGAUCACUGGACAGAGAGAAAGGCGGCAAAGAGCGGAGAGGCUUAGACAAGUUACAGAGAAAAGGCAAAGUCCAAACAAGGGGCCCAAAGCAGAGAACUUACAGUAUUUGUUUGUCUGAAUGUGUGUGUGUGUGUGUGUGUGUGCGCUGUGGUGGCGCACACAUUUCCAUUGCUGCUUCCCGCAAAUGUUGCCUCAUUGACGGGAGCAGGGGAGUCAUGCACGCUUGCUCCACACACACACCACACACCACACACACACACACACACACACACACACACACACACACACACACAGGUACAGGCUCACAUGUAGGUUUUGUUAGCGUGGGAACAAAAAGAAGAAAAAGCAUUAUAAAGCAUCUUCUCCUUCUCCCAUUUGUUUCUUGUUUCUCCUUCAUUACCCAUACCCGCCCCCCCCACCCCCCCCCACCACCGCCACCUCUGUUUUUUUGGUUUUGUUUCAGACUGGCAUGUGCGCUUUGACAGCGACAGAAAACAGACUGCUGUUGCUGAGACAAAAGCUUGUUACUGACACAAAAGCCUUGGCACGGGACCAAACAAAACAUCAGAACUUAUUUUUAUCCAGACUAGCUGGAAUAAUGUCAGCGACACUGUAAAGCUCCUUGGGGAAUGACGAUGAUGAUGGUGAUUCUAGAGAUCGGGGGAGGGUGGAGAGGGUGAGAAGAGGGAUUGAACGAAGGAGAAAGAUGAGCGGGAAAUGGGAUUAGGAAAAGGAAAUUGAAGAGGACAGAGAAAUGGGGAGGGGGCUAGGGUGGGGGAGAAGGGGGUGGAGACAUACUGGUAUACAGCUAAACAAAAACAUUGACUGGAUUGAUGCCCCAGACUUCGAGGAAAUUAUACAGCUCAACAGGACGCUGCUCCUGUAAAUAUAAAUCAAGGUUUGCCUGGAAGCCCCGUGUGGAAAAAAAGAAAGUUUUGGCUGAGUCUUAAUUCUGUCAUUUAGACGCUCACAGUAGUUUCUUCUUUACAUUAUCAUCUCCAUCUUAUUUCUUUUUGUGAAAACGUGUUGGUGUGUUUGAGUGUGUGUCUGUCUGCUCUCUCCCUCCUGGAUCUCUUAAGUUCAUGCCGGAGAUGAGAGAGGAAAUGAACUGUUUUGUGGACCGUUUAAUCCCUGUAACUUUAGAAAAGUUUCUCGCCCCAGUCUACCUUCCAUCGUUACCUCUGAAGCAGGAAGCAGGCAGUCGUGUUUGUCUGUCUGAAUGUCAAGGGAACUCAAGACUCCCCUGAAGUGAUUCUUUAAAAAACAACGCCUUUUGUAAAACGAAGUUUGAGACUCGGAUUUGAUCAAAACAGUUUUCUAUUCCGUGUUUGACCACUGCUCUCUCUUACCUGUGAUCCAUAUUGGAGUGGUAUCCUUUUCGCAUCGUAACAUUUUGUGAUCUCAUGUGGCCACUUGAGACAAGAGCGCUGAAGUAUACCAUGGAAAAACGCAUUUUUGGUCAAAUCUCGGUCCUUUCUCCCAUCAACACCAAGUCUGUACAUGUGUCGCACCAGUGGACCUCACGUGUAUGUGAAGCAUUUGUCUUUUAUAAAGACUCUCUCGCAAAAGGCUGGCCACUAGUCUGGCAAAAAUACAAGCUGUACUAUCGGAAAGCAUUACAAAAAAAAAAAAUAAAUGAAAAGGAACGUUGCACAUAUUUAUAUUUCUAAAAUAUUUCAAUAAUUUAUAUUAAAGAGCACUAUUUUUACAAAAGUCAA